AUGCCACGCGACGCCCCGGCGACGCCUUCGUUAACGCGCGACGGCGCGUCGUCGUGCUUUCACGUCACGUACGACGUCGACGCGACGUCGAACGCGGAGGCGCGACAGAUCGUCGACGCGCUGUGUCUCGAGCAAACCGUCGAGUUACCCGAAGCGCUCGUCCCGCCGGGGACGUGGAUCAACGAGCACGUCGUGGGAAAAUGCGUGUCGAUCGAGCGGUGCGCUUCGGGGGUGGACGCGCGCGGGAAAGGCGCGAGUGGGGACGUGUACAGGGCCAAGGUGCGGUACGCCGACGACUGCGCGGGCGGCGAGUUGCCGCAGCUGGUGAACGUCAUCUUCGGGAACACGAGCAUAAAGGAACGGGUGAUGGUGCGAGACGUGGAACUUUCGGAUGCGAUGCUAGGGAAGUUCGCGGGAGCGAGGUUCGGGGCGAAGGGGCUGAGGAAAUUGCUCGGGGUCGAACGCGGACCCAUUGUGAUGACGGCGCUCAAGCCGAUGGGGACGCCGAGCGAGAAACUUGCGGAAAUGGCGUACGCGUUCGCGAAGGGGGGAAUUGACAUCAUAAAGGAUGAUCAUGGAUUGGCGAAUCAACGGUACGCCCCGUAUGAGGAGCGCGUGCGGGCGUGUGCGGCGGCGGUGAAACGGGCGAACGCGGAGACGGGACGGCGGUGCAUCUACGCGCCGUGCAUCAACGCUCCGGCGCACUUGGUCGUACAGCGCGCCAAGUUCGCCAAGGCCGCGGGUGCUGGGGCGGUGUUGAUGAUUCCAGGAAUCACGGGUUUGGAUAGCAUGCGAGCGCUGGCAGAAGAUCCCGAUUUUGGGCUUCCCAUCAUCGCGCACCCCGCUAUUCUCGGCGCCAUGCUCGGCGGCGGAAGCCAAAACACCAUUCGCGGAUUUGCUCAUGGCGUCCUGCUCGGGUUGCUACCGCGAUUGGCUGGUGCAGAUGCGACUAUUUUCCCAAACUUUGGCGGGCGGUUUGGCUUCAGUGUUGAAGAGUGCAAAGACAUUGUUCACGGUGCCAGGCGAGUCUUGGCGCACCACCCGUCAAUCUUACCGAGUCCGGGCGGCGGCAUGACGCUCGACAAGGUUAAAGUGAUGAUGGAGACGUACGGUCAAGAUGUUUUACUCCUCGUCGGUGGAUCACUAUACAGCCAUAGCUCGGACUUGACGGCGAAUGCGAGGCACAUCCUGACUAUGGCGGGUCGCACCGACAUCUACGGGCCUCGAGAAUCACAACCUGGCAGCUAUCACGUGCCAACGCACUACAGCAACGGACUUUUCACCCCGGGAAGCGGCAUGCGACCCAGAUUGAAACUCGUAGACGAGAGUUCGAGUGCACAUAGCCCAUACCCUCUGACUCCGCACGGCACGUAUCCGGCUGCGCCGCCGUCGACGCCGUGGACGGUGGGCCUUGACCCUGAAGCCGUUGCUCAAAUGAGCGCGCUUAAAGAGAAGAAUUAUGCGCUCGAGUCUAAGGUUGACGAGCUGACGACGCUCGUGAAGAGCCUGAUGGACGCCGAGGCGAAGAGAAAUGGAACUAAACACGCGUCUGAGGGGCCGCUAGACGGAAAUCAUAGCAAGGUACUCAAUAGAAAGAAGGGAGAGUUUCAGUGGGAGCGCGUACCGCAGGAAAUGUACAAGAUGGAUGGGGCGAGUUUCAAGGAGUGUUCACGCAUCGAACUCAUCGGAAAGCGAGGAGAGAGUCCAGUUUUCCACGUGCGUUACUUUGAAGUUGCCCCGGGUGGAUGGACGACGCUCGAGCACCACCAACACGAACACGUCGUCGUAGUGCUUCGAGGGGAAGGCGAAAUCCAGCUCGGUCUGGAGUCUUACCAUCUUGGGGUGGGUGACGUCGGGUAUACCGCACCGGGUGAUACGCACCAGCUUCGGUGCAAGGCAGGCACGACGGAGCCUUUUGGUUUCAUAUGCGUGGUUGCGGCGGACCGCGAUCGACCGAUUGAAGAUGAACCGUACGAGCUCCUGAAGAUGUGCAAAAUGGCUCAUGUUUUGGAUGAAAACGUCCGUGUGGCACUCGAGACGCAGAUCAAGCACCGUGCCGAGCAUAAGGCGGCGCAUGGAGCCGUCGCACAGGGAUCCGCGUGCGAGUGGAAGCCCGGUGGAAAGAAGAAGGCGCACGCGGCAGAGCCGAGCGCAUGCGAGUGGACGCCGAAGAGCAAACAAGCGCCGGCCAAACCCAAACCCACGCCGACGCGAUACUUCCCAUAG